AUGGCAGGAAAGGUCAGGCUUCACCAGGAUGAGAUUGCUACGCGAAUUUUGCAAUCUCUUGUGGGAGCACUGAUGGUCCUCCACAUUACCUCGUGGAUUUAUUGGCGAAGAAUCCGACUUCCUCGUGCACCAACGACUAUCGCUUCUAUCACAGCCCUUCUUGUUGACGGCAACCUUUUCAAGUCACUACCCCGCGCCGCACAAUGGCAGCCAGAUAGUGAGCUCGAAGCUAUUUUUACUGAAGGAAACACACCACAACGAUUCGAAAUGGGAUGGGACCGCAGAGGGCGGAACAGGGGUCGCGAUGGACGGCGAAAGAAGGACGAAGGCAACUUCGGUAUUCGCGCAAUCGUCCCAAAGGACUCGAUACCGGAGGAAGUAGAAAUGAGGCCAAUCCCCCCUCCCAAAUCACCACCGAAGCCAGUAGAGGAGAGAGUUGGGAUGGUUUCUCAGGGGACAGCAUCGUUUGGGGGUGACAGUACCCAAAGGAAAUCCGUGAUGCUCGCCAAAGGACACACCGCAAAUUCCAAGUCCAAGAGUUCCAAGAGCUCCAAGGGUUCUCAGGGGAGCAAAGAGCCAAAGCACAAAAGAUCCAUCUCAUCAGCAUUGAGUGGGCCGAGGGAGUUGGUCAAAGUGUGGUGGGCUGGAGGAGGAGGAGGAGGAGGAGGAGGAGGAGGAAAGAGUUGA